UGGCAAGUGCUGAUCUCAAGGUGCUGCCAGCCUUUAAAGCGAGCAGCGCGGUGAAACCGCGUCCACUUCUUCCGGCCAUGUUCUGGCGGGCGGUGGCGGUGAUAUCGGUCAUUGCUUGGGUGCUGGGAGGAGCCCUUUUCUACUAUUUGGUGGAGAAUUGCAAGACCGAAGUGUAUUGCACAGGCCUGGUGGUGGAGAACUGCGGCUGGACCUUUGGCCAGAGCUUCUACUACUCGGUGCAGACCGGCUUGUCCAUCGGCUUUGGGUUGCUGUCUGAGAGCAAGGACACGAGUCGGCUCUACAGCGUUUUCCACAUCCUGGCCGGGUCGUCGGUCAUUGCAGGCUGCUUGUCCUGGUUUGCCUCGGCAACUCUGGAGCGGCAUUCGCAUUCUCGGGACAACUCGGAGAGGGAGCUCGCUCGCUUCGCGCACGCUUGCCACACUGACGGAUACGACGGCUUCUCUGUGAUACAGAUGAGGGACCUUCUGGCAAAGUAUCCCCAGUUCACCGCGGACCUGGUCUACAAACUGGACCAGGACGAUGAGAAGGUGACGGAGUACAUGGACAAGUUUCGCAUGGCGCGCAUAAAGGACCGCCAAAAUAUGGCGAUUCAGCUGCUGACGCGAGCCCAUAAUGAGCUUCAGCUCUUCGAGAAGUCCCACGACAAGUUGAACAUUGACGAUACCAUCAUGAAGAUGCACAAGGACAGCGGUACUUACCUCAGCAUAGCUGGCAACGUGUUCCAGCGGAACCAGAGUGCUAUCAUCACCUGGGCGGGCUGGUUGAUUUGGAUCGCUCUGGGCAUCAUCGUCUCUACCAGCCAGUGCAACUGGAGCUUUGUGGAGGGCCUCUACUUCUCGGUGGCGGCACUGAGCACCGCGGGGCUGCAGGCCACCUGCGAUGGGGCGGACGACAAAGUCAUCUUCGUGGCCUUAUACUGCCUCAUCGGGGUUCCACUCUUCGGAGUGGCGUUGGGCCGACUCGCGGGCGUCAUCGUCGACAGGCACAUGGAGAAGUGGAAUCGCAAGAAGAUGCAAGAGCGCAUCUCAACGAGUGAGGUCCUCUUUGCUCAGCACAUCUUGAACCAUGCCCCAGAUUCCAAGAUCACCCUCUCGGAGUUUGUCCAGAUCCAGUUGCUGCGCACCGGAGCGGUGGACCGCGAAAUGCUGGAGUCUCUGAAGGAGGACUUCCAACGUCUCUCCGAGGGUAAGAGCUUCAUCACCAGAGAUGUGGCCAUGAAGGGCCACGAGCACCAAGUGCACAAGCACAAGCCGGAGGUUGUCAACACGGAGGUCUGACCGUGAAGAUGCGGCACGGAGACUCAAGCCGGAAUUUGGGAACCAACAGCAAAUUCCCACGGCACGGCUCAGUCA